AUGAAGACACUCAAAAGGAGCCUCCUGGCUACUCUGGCGGCGACAACGUCAGUUCACGCCCUUCCCGCCCAGCAAAACCAGCGUCGUCAAGACACUUCAGCCCCAUAUCUCAACAACCUCGCUCAAGCCGCCGGUAAAUUAUGGUUCGGUACGGCCAUGGACACGACAACGGCCGAACCGAGCGAUGUCGACUAUAUGACAGUCUUCAACGACACCAAUAUAUUCGGACAAGUUACACCUGGAAACACCAUGAAAUGGGAAUUCACUGAGCCUACCCAAAACGUGUUCACCUUCAGCGAAGGCGAGGAAACUAUCGCGCUAGCGCAGGCGACAGGGAAGAAGGUCCGGUGUCAUAAUCUUGUGUGGUCGUCGGAACUGCCAAGUUGGGUUACUGGAGGGACUUGGACAAAUGCAACGCUCCUGGCGGCCAUGGAGACUCACAUCAAGGCUGAGAUUGAGUACUACGGGAGUGGAUGUUACUCAUGGGAUGUUGUGAAUGAAGCACUUAAUAGUGAUGGAAGUUUAACUUCCAACGUCUUUUCUGAAAUAAUCGGAUCCGCAUACGUUCCACUAGCGUUCCAAUAUGCCUACGAAGCAGUCCAGUCACUCGGAGAAGACAUCAAACUCUUCUAUAACGAUUACAGCAUCGAGUGGGCAGGCACAAAAAAUACUGCGGCAAUAGCGCUUGUCCAAGAAAUUCAAGCCUGGGGUGGUGCUCAUAUCGACGGUGUUGGCUUUGAGUCCCACUACAGUACCUCUUGGGGUCCCACUCUAGCACAGCAAGAGGCAGCCAUGGCGUCUUUUACGGCAUUGGGACUGCAGGUGCAUGUCACAGAGCUGGAUGUACCUUGCACUGCUGUUCCGUGCACUACAACCGCUUUGGCUGAGCAGGCUCAGAUAUACUACAAUACUAUCUCGGCUUGUAUGAACACAGCUGAGUGUACGGGGAUGACAGUGUGGGAUUUCGAUGAUAAGUACAGCUGGAUUCAGCCUGCGAGUUAUGAUGGAGAGGGAGAUCCAGAUCUUUAUUACUCGGAUUUAACUAGACAUCCGGCUUAUACUGCUGUCGCUGAGGCGAUACAGGGUAUUGCCUGCAGUGUAUGCUAG